UAAAAAAAAAAAAGUGAAAGAUAUAAAUACAUUUUAAAUAUUUUAAAUACAUUUUAUUUUAUAUACACAUUAAAUACACAUUUUUUUUUUUUCUACAAAAAUUAUAAAAAAAAAAACAUGACUCGCACAAUGACUUCUCAAAAUAGUAACAAAUAUUUUGAACAAAUAAGAGGAUCUAAUUGCUCUCGAGUUCAAAGAAUUAAAUUAACCAAAGCUUUUUAUACUUCACCUUCACCUUACGAAAGAAUUAUUAAACCAAAUAAUAAUAUUAAUAAUAAUAAUAAUAAUAAUAAUGAUCAUUCAAAAGAUUGUAAUAGUUGUAAUGAUUCUGGUAAUUGUAUGAAAUUACUUACUGAACGUUUGGCUAGAAUUGAGGAUUUGGUUAAUAAUCUUUAUAAAUUAACUCAAGGUUUAAAAAAUUCUAAAAAGAAUCCUGUAUAUAGUGAUAUUAAUACUUCAAAACAAAAAGUUCGAAUGUUUCGUAAUAUCGAUUUAUCUACUUGUAAAUUGGAUGACCUACAAAAACUUGUAAUUUUUACUACGAAUGCCAUGAAUUUCCCUUCAUCUCAAGAUUCUAUUUCACCAAAAUUUAUUCUUAAUAACGAAAAGAAUCUUGGUGAAGAUUAUUUAAAGAAAAAAUAUUUUGCUGCAAACUGGAAGGAAGAAAAGUUAAAAUGCUCAGCAACCCUUGAUUUAAAGCCUUCGUCAUCACCGGAUACUUUAAUAAAUCACGUGCCGACGGGGCGAGAUCAAGAAGUUGCUCACUGAGGAUAUUUUUUAAAAAAAGAAAGCGUAACGGAAAUUUAAACAACAAUCAUAAUAAACACAAUUUUAAGAUUCGCAUUUUUUAUAAAAUUCUUUAUAGAAGAAAAAUUUUUUUCGGUGUCAGGUAACAACACCUCUUAAGAUUUAUUUAUAUAUAUAUAUACAUUAUUUAGAGGUCAAAAACUUUUGUAUUAUGAAUCCUAUAAAUAUUACCAAAUAUUAUCAAACAUUAUCCCUAACCAACCCCCAAAAAUCACAAAAAUCCCCAAAAAUCCCCAAAAAUCCCAAAAAAUCCCAAAAAAAUCAAAAUUCACAUAAAAAAAAAGUACUUUCUUUAAUUUUUAAUUUAGUAAAUUUAAUAAAUUCUAUAUAAUCCUCCCCUUUUAAUUUAUGCAUGUUACAUUUGUAGAAAAAUUUAUCACAAAAAAUUCAUCCGUUCGCUUUUUUUCGUAGG